AUGGCUUCCUAUAAGUCACAAUACCCUCCACCUAGGAGGACGGAGGACCGGGUGCCUACUACUCGGUUGCCUCAACGAUCUAUUACUCCUACCACUAUCACCACAAUCACAUCCAACCCACCUACAUCAAGCCAGUCUAAGCUGCAAAAGAGAAGGCCUUCAAGGGAUGAUGAGUUAAGCUCAAGAGGUCAUACAGGUCAACAAGGCUCUACGCAAGCAGCCAGCUCUCGUCCAAGGAAGACCAGCCGAUCUACACCUAUGUUUCCUCAACACUCAAGUGUCACAACCUCGAAACCUUCGCCACAGAUCUCGACCUCAAGAUUACCCAAGCUUGAAGUUCCUCUCGGUAUACGUACGCCUUCGCUCGCCUCGGGCUCAUCCGCGUCGACCAUUGAAAGCCCUCGCUCGAAUGUACUCAGGAGAAAACAAACAAGUGUUGGAGCCGCAAGUGGUCGGCAAGCCACGCGGAUAAGAGACGACUCUAUAUCGUCCCAAGAUGGCAGGCAGUUGAUGGAGGGCAUACCUGGAGGAUAUAAAGAUCCUUUCUCGGAGACAGUCCUGGGAAUCUCUUUACCCCCAUCUUCGAAUAUCCUAGCUCGUUCAGAAGGACAAAUCGACUCGUACAGUAACCUGCUCUAUGAUUAUGAGAUUGGCCCUACAGACAUACUUCCCCUCCCAACACCGCAGUACGCUCUCUCUGCAACACCCUCGACUCGAUACUCAGAUUCACCUGGACCUUUCAGUGUAUCAUCCACUCCUACGUCGAUGUCGUCCUACUCGCCGGGGACAACAUUAUCCAGAGCCUCAAACCGAACUCGGCAAGCCAGUCCACUUCAGAGCAGGCCACCAGUCACUCGGCACAAGACUCCAGAUGAAACUAACACCCGUCACCCUCACACACUUUCUACCGUCAGGGAAUCCUCCACCUCGUCAUCAUCCGCGUCUACCGUUGUUACGGAUGUAGCGAAGCACAAAGAUGUCCAGUCCCCUAACGGUCUCGCCACCUUACCCCAAAGUCCUCGAGUAUCUGAAGUUAUAUGUAGCGCAGAAGAGAAAUCUCGUAUCCAGGCACCCCCGGAGUUUGCUCAUCUUGCUGAUCAGUCGCCUGCACCGGUACCGACUGCAAGGCGACCUUCGAGACCUAGUAGAGAUGGUACUCCUGAACUAUCUGGACUCCGCGGUCCAUCACCAAUAAUCCAAAGCAAUAUGCUCAACUUUCCGUCUCAACACAAAAGGACUCCCUCGUCUGAAUCUAAAACUGGUCUCACUUAUGCGAGAUCUAAAAGCAAUACAUCAGCCAAACCUUCAUCACGAAACCCUUCGCCAAAUCCCGCUUCGGCAUUGCCGUCAGCUACCAGAGCACAAGUUCGUGGACCGACACCUGAUUUCCAGCAUGAUCGAAAGCCACGAAGGACCAGUACCGGACCGGCACCAGCGCCCGCUCCUGCUCCAAGCCCGAGUAAGACCUCUAGAUUCGGGUUCUUCACGCGUCGUACCAAGACUGAGCCUACCCCAGUAGCGAAGUCUGAGAGCAAGCUUCACAGAAGAGGACCAGCUGCCGGUACUGGCCACGAAGGCUAUGGAAGAUAUGCAGUCAGAGGUCGCAGUGGAAGCUCAGUCAGUACCAACAGCAUCGGACGAUCCGCUAGCGCUGGAACUACCUCUGAGAGCCUGGACAAAACACCCUCAACUCGCAAAAGCAGUAUGACUAGCACAACAAGCGGGGAGGUGGAUGACUUUUUCCUCAAUCGCCUCGCUCCUGUCGUUAUUCGAGGUACGGGGACUAGCUCGGAACUCUCAAGAAGCCCAGAACCAAUGCAAUCUAGCAGCAGCCUGGAUGUCUCCAUCAAUCAAGGAUUCGAACUAAAUAAGACUAUGAGCAACUCAUCACAAUCGGUAUUGGAGAAGAAUCGGCCAACACUGUUACCGUCCGCGAUGCCAGACAAUGUACGCAAUGGAUCUCCCAUGAAAAAGAUGACUCUAGGACUGCGGAGGCCCUCUGAGAGCGACGAUGAUACAAAGAGAUCAUUCUUACCUGCCAUGGCCUCAAAGCGGACAUCACGGGCUUUGCAAACUGCCCAGGGCCCUAGUGUACCAUCAGGCUCGACAAGUCGGAUCGCUGGAAAGGUUCGUAAGAACUCUAUAAGCGAAGCUGCCGCUGAGAUCAAGGAGGGUAGCUGGUUGAAGUCCUCAAAGAAGACCAAAGCUGAGAAGGAAGCCCCCAAGCCUUCGAAACGAUGGAACUUCUUCCAAAGGGCCCAUGCCGGACCUCGCACAGCGACACCAGCGGCUCCUGCUGUCAGUCCCGUGAAUCAAGCGACUGCUUCCCGCUCCGUUGCGCAUUACGCAUUGAUGGACCAGUCUGGUCUUGAGCUAGACGACAUCGAGCAACUAAUGCAGGAAGUUGACGAGGGAACCGAGAGCGCUCUCUCUGACGAUGAACCAGGAAGAAGAGAGCGAAUGCAGUCUAUGCUGCUUCCGCCCAAAGCAGUGAUGCCGUCUAGCUCUGCAGCAGCUGUACGCUCAACUUCGCCUAAGGUCUUUCUGCGCUCAGAAGCACAAUCACAGCCGGAACAUCAACAAACUAAACUGAGUAUUAAUACAAGUUUCCGAGCGUUAUCCCGAAAUUCGGAACGUUACUCGCUGGCAGAUUUGACUCCGGUCACGGAUCUCUCUCGACCCUCAUCACCUUUUGGUGAGCCAUCGCCAGUUCGUGACGAAGAUCCUGCGCCACCUCUCGAAGCAGUAGCUCCCUCGCGGCCUGAGCCUGAGUUCGCUCCCGAGGUACCUGCUCAAGAUGAGUUCGUACUUCCUCAGGAUCUCCCAUCGCCCGGUCCACCGCCUAUGAGCCCACCGCCUCGCCCAAGUCGCUUGGCUCAGGUUGGGCGUAUUCCUCAGGUCGUCUCAAGUCGUCGUCAGCCACACCAGCCGUCUUCACAGUCAUUCUCUCGACCCUUUGUAUCGAAUCAACCUCGUCCGGCAGCUCCCUCCCGGACGUCUUUUGACUCAAUUGGUUCCGUUGUUGCCUCUGCCGGUCCAGUAGAGCCAUACCCUAUUCUGCAUGGCUUGAACGCCCUCAAUCAUGGGUCGGCUAUAGCUACAAUCAGUCCUAUGGAGGACGAAGCCAACCGUCGAAGCGAAUUCUUCAAGUUUCCACCUCGCAAAGAUUCUGAAGUAUCAUACUCGAGUAGCUCAGGCAUCUGGAGCUUCGCCCCCGCUAUUGGUACCGCUGUCGUGCCAAGUCCCAGCGCCCCGCUGUCAGAAGAUGAACUUUGGAACGAGUAUGACGAUCUGAUUGACGAAGUGCUUUCGCCCGUCACCUCUCGCACGAAUGAAGACAAAAAUAGCCUUCGCAGCCACCCGUCGCUCGAACCAAUGCCCCUUCGACCUAAGGCACCGCGUAACGUUUCAGCAUCAGAAAACGACGAUGAGGUUACGAACCCCUCACUUCAUCUUCGUCGCUCUCGCCUACUGGCUGUUCUGCAUUCCACGCAGUCUCCUACUUCGUCGAUCUCUUUCUCAGAAUUCAUCUCAGACUACGGCGAACGGAAGAUCAGUGUUAUUGACCCUGUUACCGGGAGGUUGAGCUUGCCUUCCAGUCCUCAGCUAUCGACUGGUACUGCCACAAAACGUUCGACUCGUUCCAGUUUACCAGCUUCGUUGUCGCAGACCGCCCGACAAUCCAAAGUCACUAUUGCGUCGAAGUCGAGCAAAGAUCGUGAAAGUAUCGCAACAAACCGAUACAGAGACACGCACCUAAUGGAUAUUGCCGAAAGUCAAAAUGAUGGACUCUUGUCUAUGGCCAAUCUUCGCUUCGGUGCCCUCAUGACGAGCAAGUGGCUCUCAUUUGGUCGUGUCCUAUUCAGCCCCGUACACUUCGAGUUGAAAGACCAGAACGAGGAUCGCGUACUUGUCAUUGAUGGUCUUGGCAAGGACUGGUCGUACUAUUGCGCUCUCACUUACCCUGAGGCGACUGUGUAUGACAUGGGCCCUGAUCCAUCAACAAGUACGUCAUCCGAGGGUGCGUCUGAACCAUGGUCAACAUUGAACAACCACCGCCACAUCUGUCACCCCUCCCUCGGCAAAGCAUUCCCGUUCCCCAUGCACUUCUUUGCUUGCGUCGUGCUUCGCUUCCCAACUGCACUUCCUUCGUCAGAGCACCGCUUCAUCUUGUCUGAGGCCAAGCGCGUCCUGAGACCCGGCGGCUACCUUGAAUUUAGUGUUCUUGACAUGGACUUGGUCAAUAUGGGCAACCGUGCCCGUCGUGCUGUCCGCGGCUUGAAGAUGAGAAUGCAAGUAGCGGACGACAGCAUAUCGCUUCGAAACAUCAGUGACGAGGUCAUGGCCGGUAUUGGACGCAAAGGCUUUGUCGACUGUAAUCGCUGUGUUGUUGGCGUUCCAGUUGCCGGCAAACUCCCCAGCCUCGACGACGUCAAGCGUACAACUACGAAGAGGAAGGGCAGCACAGCAAGCUCUGCCAGCAACACAAACAAGACUAUGCCUCUGCCCAAAGGACCAAAACCGGGAUUGUCCUUCUCUGACCUUCUCAAUGCCUCUGCGUCCUCCGAUUCGACCGACAACGGCAUCACCGACAUGGUGGCGCGCGUAGGUCGUUGGUGGUACUCACGCUGCUACGAGUCGCUUGUCCUCCCUGAGGCUGGCGAACCUGGUGCCGCUGCUUCCGGUAACCUCCUUGAGACUAGCAUCUGGCGCGACGAAAGCCUCAUCAACGAGUGCGAAAAGCGCGGGACGAGCUUCAAACUCCUCAUUGGCUAUGCGAAGAAGCCUGAGGUUGGUGUUCGACGAACCGUCAGCGUCUAA